GGAGGACUGUGACCUCCUUGCGACCUAACGACCACAUCGAUACAUUUACCAUUUCAAUUCCUUAGCAAUCUUCCUCCCCCCCACUACCCGUACAACAGUAACCAUGUCCACACAGGAGGCUCCGGUAGAAACCCCCUUCCCCGACAUGAACAUCGACAAGCAUGGCCCUGUCCACGUUCACAGUGCGACCGCUACUGUCACCAAGAUUGCUAAAAGCCCACCAGCCGAGGGUUUCACCACGAAAGUCAUCAAGGUCGUGAUGAUGUGUACCGGUAACCUGAACACCAACACCAUCGUCAUCGAAGACGCCGAUAUCCUACGCAUGUUUGUGGAGAAGAAUAGGAAAAUAGUCAUCAGUUUCACGCAACUUCCCAUGAUGAUACCGAUCUGGAAGUUGGAGCCCGCUGGCCCAAUGCCGGACAACUACGAUGAAGAAGAUACUGAGGAGGACCUCGAGAUGAUAAGGAAUGUCUGGAGGACCUGUCGACUCGUAUGUGGGCGCCAUGCGGGACUUGAAGAACUAAACAGGAGAGCCACUGUGACUAUGCGUGCGAAGCAGGAGCAAGACAAGCUUGCUGCCCAAGCUAGUAAUGGUAACUAAUUGUGUUCUUUUCAAGUUUUUUGUUUGUGCUUUUAAAGUCAGUCUCCUCGCAAUUGCA